AUGUCCGUGAAGGCUCCGCGACGCGACUCGGCACGUCCGCUCAGCACGACGGUGGACGUCUCACUGACUGGCUCCCGUCGGGGCACGGCCGCCCUUUAUUUUCGGUGCACGGAGGGCGAACGCUAUCCGGCCUCUUUGUUGUACCGAAGAGGGGCACGACACGAGACGCGCGAUACAUUCAAUCGGACGAUGUUUCGUAAUUAUUACACGGGCAUGAAUGGACGACUAGGCAACCGGUCCACGACAGCUGCGCGCGAAAGGCGCACCGAAAUAGAGCACGCGAGGCGUGGGACCACCACGGCGUACACGCCGCGACGGAGGUCCGAGUUCACGGCUUAU